UACUUCUACACCCCCAUGUGCGCUUCCACAUAAUUGACAUGGCGGAAUUCCACUCUGGUCUGGUCUGGUCCACCGUGGACUUCGCAGCAACGGAAUGACAUGCUUUCUAUUUCGGGCAUUUAGGGACUAAAGUGUUAAUAAGCAAGAUUUACUGAACCCAAGGCUGUUGCACGGAGGGCUCCAUGAAUGUUCGUCACCAUGAUGAUGACGGACCAAAUGCUGGACCUCCCGCUUCCAUUGAGCAACGAGGUUCCCAUGAUGCACCACAUGAUCAAUGGCGAUGCACCACAGCAGGUGAUCCUGGUCCAGGUGAACCCAGGUGAGACGUUCACCAUCCGCACAGAAGAUGGGGCUUUGCAAUGCAUCCAAGGGCCUGCUGAAGUUCCCAUGAUGUCACCAAACGGUUCCAUUCCACCAAUCCACGUUCCUCCUGGCUACGUCUCCCAGGUUCUCGAGGACAACACAGGCGUGCGGAGGGUUGUGGUGACACCUCAUUCUGAAUGUUUCCCCCCCAGUUACUCUCCGGCUCUGUCCCCGAGCCACCACAUUCACCCUCCGUACCUGACGCACCCACACUUUAUUCCUGCCUCACAUACGUCAUACUACCCCCCAGUCAGCCCCGGUGACGUGCCCCCACACCAGUUCUAUCAGCAUCGACUGCCACACAUCUACCCGGAAGAGAUCAUCCCGCUGUAUAACGUCUCCACUUUCAUGGGUCAUGAGGAGUACUGUAAACCUCCACCCAAGAAGCUUAAACAGCCAGUGGAGCGUACAGGUCUAAGUCAGGUGACCAGCUCACUGUCCAGCAGCUACAAGAACAGCACGGCCUGCACCACCACAGCGAACGGCUAUAGCAAGAGCCACAGCAGCUCUGGAGGAGGAGGAGGAGGAGGAAGCCCUGGCAACAAGAGGCCAGAUCGAAGAGCCAGAGGAAGCCCCAAACACACAGACGCCGAGCCACAAGAUCAUGAUGUGGAUGCGAGACGAGUUCAGCCUGUGCCAUCAGGAAUGGACAAGCCCCAGGUGUCUAAUGUACAGUCCCACUCCGCACUUGUGUCGUGGACUUCUGUUUUCGUAUCGGGAUCAUCUGGACGGGUCCCUUCCUGUAGUUACGAGCUCCAGCUCAAGGACAAGGGCCGUGAUGGGAAAUACAAGGUUGUGUACAGUGGUGAGGAACUUCAGUACAUCCUCACUGACCUCAGACCAGCCACAGACUAUCACGUCCGAGUAAGCACAGUGUGUAACUCUGUCAAGGGUCCCAGUUCGGAUGCGAGGGCCUUCACUACCCAGAGUGCCCCUCCUGAAACCCCUCUACCCCCCAGACUGUCCCAUCGCACCAAGAGCUCCCUCACAUUACAGUGGAAGCCCCCUCUGGACAAUGGCUCAAAAAUCACCAAUUAUGUACUGGAAUGGGAUGAGGGUAAAAAGAACAGCAUUUUCCGUGAAUAUUACGUCGGACACCAGCGACACUGCAAAAUAAUGAAGUUGUGCCCUGCUGUUGGGUACACAUUUCGAGUGGCAGCGCUAAAUGAUAUUGGUGCCAGUGGAUUCAGCACAGAAGUCGUCUUCUACACCACAGGAAGUCUCCCACAGAUUUCCUUGCCUCCACGGCUGGUACAGGCAGGUCCAUCCUGGGUUACGCUGGAGUGGACACGACCAAACAGCUGCAGCGCUGAGGAGGUGGUCACGUACACCCUGGAGAUGCAGGAUGAGACCAAGGGCCUGGACUUCCAGGAAGUUUACAGCGGUUUGGAGCUGAACUGCAAGCUGGAGUCCCUAAGAAGGAACACACCGUACAAAUUCAGGCUCAUCACUUGCAGCGGUGAGUGGCGCAGUGCACCGAGCUCUCUGCUUGUGUGUAAGACGACCCCAGACCGACCCGGACCCCCUGUGAAUCCUGCAGUAAACGCAGUCACAUAUCACAGCUUCUGUGUGACGUGGGAACCUCCACAAGAUGACGGUGGAUCUGGAGACUUGACGUACAUCCUGGAGAAAUCAGAAGGGAAUUCAGAAGGUUCAGCAGAGAGACAGUGGGAGACUCUCUAUAGAGGACCAAUGAGGAAACAUUUGUGCGAGGAUCUAAAACCAGCAACAAGCUACUCCCUGAGACUCAGCUGUGUGGAUGUGGGCGGACAAAGCCAGUGCUCAGAUGAAUUGACGGUGCGCACUCAUAUUCCACCCCCUGGCCGCUGUCAACCCCCAAGGAUCAUGGGUGAUGUCAAACACAAGGAGCUGAUUUUGCAGUGGGAUGGUCCUUUGUGUGGUGAAGAGAGUGAAGGUGUGGAGUUUAGCUUGGAGAUGUGUGCAAUGGAGGAAGGUUCGGAACCGGCGGAGGUGUACCGUGGAUCCAAAACAGAGUGCACUGUGGGUAAUUUGCUCCCUGGCACCACCUACAGGUUUCAAGUUCGUGCAGCCAACAGUGUUGGGUAUGGACCUUACUCUGAAUCUGUGGAAAUAAGCACUGCCGCUGGCCCCCCAGGACAAUGUAGUCCCCCUGCCAUCAAUGUGACAACACACACUUGUGCUGAUGUGACCUGGGAGAACAAAGAGAGCUCUGGGAUAGACAUUUCUGAGUACCGGCUGGACUGGGGGCGUGAUUUGGACUCUCUUGAACUGGUUUACAGUGGAACGGAAACCUUCUUCCAAAUCUCCAACCUGGAGGCAUCAACAGACUACUGCUGCAGGCUACAGGCAGUGAACCAGGCAGGGGCGGGCCCCUACAGUGAUCUGGUGACGUGUCGGACACCUGCAGCAGUCCCUGAUUUAGUAUCCGGAGUUUACCUGCUUGACCUCCCUCUGACCACAACAGAAAGUGAGUCCUUCUCCCCCUCCACCUGUCUGGCCCUCACCUGGGAUGAGCCCCACUGUAAUGGAGCAGAAAUCACCUCCUACAUCAUCUCAAUGGGAGACAGCAUCAUCACCACCGGAAACGUAACCUGUCACAUUAUCAGGGACCUGCUGCCGGACAGCGAGUACAGCCUGCAGAUUCGAGCAGAAAAUGAAAUUGGCCCCGGGCCCUUCAGUCAGACCCUAACAGUGAGGACAAGGCCCCUGCCGCCCUCUCCACCACGGCUGGAGUGUGCAGCGGUCGGACCCCAGAGUCUGAAACUACGUUGGGGUUUCAGCAGCCGAAGUCAACUCACCGACAACACUACCUACAUUCUGCAGAUGGAGGACAGGAAUCAGAGGUUUGUGGUGGUUUACCGAGGUCCGAGCCACACUUUUAAGCUGCAGAGGCUGAGCGAAUCGAGCCGGUACUGUUUCCGGAUCCAGGCAGUGAGCGAGGCGGGCGAGGGGCCGUUUUCUGAGACGUACACCUUCAGCACCACCAAAUCCCUGCCACAAACACUGAAAGCCCCAAGAGUUCGUCAGCUAGAGGGAAAUACCUGUGAGGUCACAUGGGAGAGUAUUCCACCAAUGAGAGGAGACAGAAUCAGCUAUGUGCUACAGGUGCUAGGAGGCAGAGAAUCUGAUUUUAAACAGGUGUAUAAGGGAGAUGAGACGUCCUUCCAGCUCUUCGGCCUGCAGUGGAACACAGACUACCGCGUGCGAGUGUUUGCAUGCAGGCGCUGCACAGACACCCACCAGGAGCUGUUUGGGUCCUUCAGCCCAUCCGCCCAUUUCAACCUGCGGCGCUCUAAUGCCACACUGGUUGUGGAAGCAGACGUCACCAGGGCGCCCAUGGGCAAAACCCUCACAGAUGAACAGUUUGCCGGCCUCAUAGUAUUUGGGGUGGCCUCUCUCUCGGUCUUAAUGGCCUUCCUGCUUCAGCUUCUGAUUUAGAGGCAUGAAACAUUGUGUUCUUGUCUGUCACUUGAGUUUUGAAACUAAAGCUUGCAAAACCAUUAAUGCAAGUAUUAUAUUUUUGGUCAUUGACCAAAAUACACUUAAGAACAGCCACCUGAGCAGAUUUCAUAUUAUUUUUUAUUACAGGUUUUUUACAGUUUUUCUAUAAGGUGAGUUACAGCUUUAAGAAAUCAGUAAUGAUGAAACGUACUGUUUGGCGUCUGUGCCUGUUUUUUGUUUAAGAUGCUGUAGCAUAUUUUUAUAUUUAGUAUUUAGGAGAUUUUUAACACUAAAGUAAUAAGUGGAUCUCAGAAUUUCGGAUCUCAAGUUAUGCAAAAGUGAAGUCUGAGGAUGUUCUUUUUAAUGGUCAGUUUUGAUUAUCUUUAAUUCACUGUCUAGACAGAUAAACAGCACCAGUGCUCUCUUCCCCUUAUCUGUGCCCCUGGAAAGUCUGUCUGAAAGCUUCUUAAAAGCUUUAUUCUUUCAUUUGUCUUUAAAAAAAAAAAAGAAAAAGGGGGGUCCUUGAGCCUUCUGUACAAAAAAAGGAAAAAAGUCAAAAAACACCAGCAACUGUCAGUCCAAAGAGAGUCAAAUGACAGUCUUUGCAAUCAAUCAUCAAUGUACAGUGUUGUGAAGUCUGGAGUGUUUGUACCUCAGGGACUUGUGAGGGCCAGAGGUGAUGUGAACCUGUGCCUUUAAAUCCGCAAUUCCAAACUUUCAUGACAAAUCAUUUCAGAUCUGCUGCUUACAGUAUUCCAUUAAUCCUUUACCCUGGCCACAUACAGUACAUGAUCGUGUUUACCAGUUCAAUCAGCCCUUAACCAAAGUUAGUGAGCAAAAAAGGUAUACAGUAACACUUUUGUUGGAUUUAUUUAUGCUAUAUACUUUUUCUUUAUAAUGCAAAUCACAGUGCAAUCUUCAUUUAUUUAUUACAAGAAUCAGAACUGUCAUAUUCAAUAUUUUCCUCAUGUAGCAUGUCUUUUUAUAGGGGGGUUAUGACAAAUCUUUAUUAUUUUUUCAAAUAUACCACAGCAUUUUAACAUCAUUAACCUGUCUUAUUUCAGAUAUAUUUGUAUUGUUUGUUAUUCUGUUUUGGCUUUUGGUUCUGAAAAUGUUGAUAUCUGAUCAACCUUGUGAUUUCAUCUGCACAAACAGCAAGUUUAAGCCAGAUCUUGGAUUUUUUAUUUUUAGUUUUUUUUUUUUCUUUCUUUCUUUCAUUCAACUACUCUUCAUCUUAUAUAUGUAUUGCUGAACUUUUUUUGUCAUACAUUCCAUUGUUUUCUGAUUAAAAGAAGUUGAAAUGACUUGACACUAGAAAACUUGAAGUGGAAACACUUGAAGAAUUUUUUUUUUUUUUUUAACUUUACUUUAAGAACUAUAGACCCAGAAUCUUAAGUGAAAAACAGACUUUUUUCUUUUUCAUUUCAUUGUUUUUUUUUUUUUUUUUUUUUAAUUUAGCUGGAUAUCAGGUAAUAAGUGACCUAGACAUAGUUUUCCAUGCUUGCAUAUUUUUUCAUGAAAAUCAUUCCAUAUUACCAUUUUUUUUAAACAUAACUGUCACAUUUAUUGAUGUAAAUUAUAAUCGUAGACAUUAUAUUUAAAAAAAACUACCAUAUCAAUUUAAAUGUAUAGAUAUUGAAAAUACUACCCUUUGUAUUUAAGAUGAUUAUGUAUCUGUAGCAUAUAUGUAAUAUAUUUAUACACAAUAAAUUUUUAAAAAUUUCUGAAACAA